ACGGUGUGUCUGGGUGCCAGUCAGUCACUGCAUCGGGUCCAUCUGCACAAGUCUCUCUGCCUGCCUCCCUCUCCCUUCCUCCUCCUUCUCCUCCGAGCUCUUUUUUUAUUUUUUUAUUUUUUUUUGCACCAAGCCCACCAGAGACACGGAACGCUCCCAGCCUCUUCUUCCCCACUGCCAUGGAAAAUAUACACUGAUACAAUAGAUCUGGGUGCUUCUCCCUUUCCCCUCACCCCACUUCUCCCCAAAAAAAAAGAACAAGGGGAUCUCUCAACUCGUCAUUUUUUCCUCUCUUUUUUGCCACUUUGUGCUGGGGAUUAUCAAUUUUUGGUUUUGUUUUUUCGCUUUUGCUUUUCAAUCCCCUUCCCCCUUCUGUCUUUAGGAUUAAAAUCCUGACCUUAUUCCUGUGAUGGAGGACAGCGGGAUUCACAGAGGGAUAUGGGAUGGAGACGCCAAAGCGGUCCAGCAGUGUCUGACGGACAUUUUCACCAGCGUUUACACCACUUGUGACAUCCCGGAAAACGCCAUCUUCGGCCCUUGCGUGCUCAGCCAUACCUCGCUCUACGACAGCAUCGCUUUCGUCGCGCUCAAGUCCACCGACAAGAGGACCGUGCCCUAUAUAUUCAGGGUAGACACCUCGGCAGCCAACGGCUCCUCGGAAGGCUUAAUGUGGCUGCGGCUGGUCCAGUCUGCCAGAGACAAAGAGGAGCAAAACCUCGAAGCCUACAUAAAAAAUGGACAAUUGUUUUACCGCUCCCUCCGACGGAUUGCCAAAGACGAGGAAUUAUUGGUUUGGUACGGGAAGGAGCUGACCGAGUUACUGCUGCUGAGCACCGCCAGGACGCACAGCAAAAUGAAUGAGUCGCCCCCUUAUACUUGCAUCGAGUGCAGCCAGCGCUUCCAGUUCGAGUUCCCGUAUGUGGCGCACCUGCGCUUUCGCUGCCCCAAGCGACUGCACGGCGCAGACAGCAGCCCGGCCGACGACUCCAGCACCAAGGACAGCAACACCAAGGAGCAGGAGGGCGCCUUGGGGCCGGGAGCCACCAAGUUCCACGGCAAGCCCACCGGGGGCGCCACGCCUCAGCACCCGCCGCCCCAGCACCAUCGCCACCACUACCACGGCGCUCAGGACAGCAACGGCAACGCGGGCGUGACCAAGCCUUCCACGGACUUCCACAACUUGGCGCGCGAGCUGGAGAACUCGCGGCACAACAGCAGCUCCCCCAGCAGCCGGGAGCAGCUGGAGGGCAGCCCGGACGCCAGCCAGAGCCACGGCAGCAGAGCCAAGAGGAAAUACCCGGCCGGGGAGCAGCUGGCGGAGGAGAGAGGAGCGGCGGCGGCAGCGGCUAGGGGGCGCUUGGAGAGGCCGGUGCCUUCUUCGCCGAAGGAGGAGCUUGUGUGCACCCCGCAGCAGCAAUACCGGCCGGCGGGGAGCUAUUUCGGCCUGGAGGAGAGCAGCCGUCUGUUCGGCCCGCCCAGCCCGGAGACCGGAGAAGCCAAGCGGAGCGCCUUCGUGGAAGUGAAGAAGGCCUCCCGAGGGCUGGAAGCAGGCGACGAGGAGAAAGAGCGCGGCUCCCCGGGCAGCGCGCAAGCGGGCGGCGCGGCGGACAAGGCGCCCGGGCACCUGCUGGGCGCGCGCUCCGGAGGCAGCGCCUUCUCCACAGUGCCCUCCUCGCAGCCUUCCAGCGUGGGCAGCCCGGAGGAGAGGAAGAGCGCGUUCUCGCAGCCGGCGAGAUCCACUUUCUCCACUUCGUCGGCCUCUUCGUCGGCCCACGUUACGCAGCUGGUGCUGGGCCAGAAGCUGAGCGCGCUGGUGGAAGCCGGCUGCCACGCGGGCGCGGAAGGAAGCGCGCGCCUUUACGCGCCGGACCCGCUGGCGGUCAAGCUGCAGGGCGCGCCCGGGGAACUGAACGGCGGCGGCGGCGGAGCAGGAGGGGCAGCCGGGGCUGGAGGAGCAGGAGGAGUUGGGGUCACCGCGGGAGGGGGCGGGCUUCCCAAGCAAAGCCCCUUCCUCUACGCCACCACCUUUUGGCCCAAGAGCUCGGCGGCGGCCGUGGCGGCGGCAGCGGCGGCAGCGGGUCCCCUCCAACUGCAGCUGCCCUCGGCCCUCACGCUGCUGCCGCCGUCCUUCACUUCGCUGUGCCUGCCGGCGCAGAACUGGUGCGCCAAGUGCAACGCCUCCUUCCGCAUGACCUCCGACUUGGUUUACCACAUGCGCUCCCACCACAAAAAGGAGUACGCGCUCGAGCCGCUGGUCAAGAGGCGGCGCGAGGAGAAGCUCAAGUGCCCCAUAUGCAACGAGUCCUUCCGGGAGCGCCACCACCUCUCCAGGCACAUGACUUCGCACAACUGAGGCUGACCUGGCUCUGCGCGCCGAAACCCCAAGCGCAGCGCAACUUUCAGGACCUCCUGCCCAACCCACUGCCACCCCUCUUCCUCCUCCUCCAAGGAAUUCUGGGCAUUGUAGGGUCUGGGAAAUCUCUCUCUCUGGUGGAGAGUUUCCCGGAACUGGGACAAACGUUCAACUUCCCAGAAUUCUUUUGGGUAUGCUGUGAAGGCGAAACCGGUCUCAAGCUGGUCUGCAUUUGUAGUGUCCAGGUUUCCAAAGAGAGGGGGAGCGCAAUACGGCAUAUCCAUGUGCACACACACCUAUAGGCCUGCAUCCCUGGGGUGAGAGACACACUCACGGGCACUUAAAAUGUAAAGCAGCAUCGCAGCAUCAGCAAGGAGAGGAGCAGGGUGAUGGAGGCUACGGAUCAGGCAUCCCAGAAUAGUUCUGGAGUAGCCUCCUUGAUUCCCACCAGAGCUUCAAGGAAGGCUUUAAAAGGCCCUUAAAAUGGAAGUAACUGCAGAGUCUUUGAUUUUUUACAUGAUACCUCCAGAAUAUUCCACAAAGCAUUUCAUUCUGGCAUAGCUUCAUCAACGUCUGAUGAAUUCACAUUCACAACUUGCCUAACCGUACUUCAUACCACUUUUUCUGAUUUCUUUAUUUUGGGGAGCAGUCACAAGAUUUCAGAUAUUAUUGUCAUCAUCAUUACUGCUACUCCUAUUGCUGUUUUGAGUGACUGGGUUGUAACCAGAGGCAAUAAACCAUUUUCACUGGAAUAGCUAUGACUCCAAGUUAAGCUGUUGUGGGAUGGGUCUUAAGCAUGCCAGAGCCCUAAAAUAAUCUAAUUAAUUUUGGAAUGAGACCUUCAAACCUAGGGGGACUUAGGACUACAUGUGUGCAAUCCUAUGGAAGUUCCACUGAACUCUGGGAGCCCUUCUUAAACAUGCAUAGGAUGAGACUGUAAAGUAGAAUGGUUUUAGAGCAGGGACGGAACACCUUGGGCCUGUGGCCUGAAUGCAGCCCCCUAGGCCUCUCUCUGGCCCUCAGGCCAUGCAACCGAGGCCACGCCCUUCUCUGCAAACCACACCCCUCACUUGCCCUGCUGUGAAUGUUCCUUGAGAACUUUUGCCUGGCUGGGAUAUGCCAUUGAAUGGUGAUGGUGCUUCUUGUCCACUUACACGGAGAGAGAUGUGAUGUAGCUUAGCAUACAAAGGUGAGCUGCUGUAUCUGUUGCUCUGCUCACUAUUGCCUCUGGUCCCACACACUUUUGCCUCUCCCCACUCUGGCAAUAUGGCGUGCCAAAAGCUGGAAGCCUGCCGUGCCAGGAUGUGGCUUUAAGGAGGAAAAGGGUUUCCCAACCCUGAGUUGAGAGUGAGCUGUGUGGCUGCUGUGUUCUUUGAAGGCAUUCUUAGAUAAGAACCGGCAGCACUAUGAGCAUCUCAACCCUCUCUUGGAGCUGACGGAAAUGUAAAUGUAAUGGAAGAUGUAAGCCAAGCUGGACGGGACGUGGGUGGCACUGUGGUCUAAACCAUAGAGCCUAGGGCUUGCUGAUCAGAAGGUCGGCGGUUCAAAUCCCCGCGAUGGGGUG